AUGGCAAGCUCAUUUCCCUCUACUCCAUCUCAACUCUAUAACGCUUUACACAUCAGCGCCCAGCAUAUUCGCAAAUGCUUACCCAAAGCUGAGGUCUCAAUUAUAGUUGGGAGCAGUUUUGCCUAUUUUUCAAAUAUUCUUGAGGAUUGCGUAAUGCUUGAUUAUUGUGAUAUUCCGUUUUUGCAAAUCACGACUGUAGCUGAGCAUACUGGAAUUCUAUUUCACGGAAAAAUAAACGGAUGCCCAAUCUAUUGCUGGGGAGGCCGAUUGCAUGCCAUGGAAGGGUUUUCCAAUGACCAAAUUACAUAUAUAGCUCAUUUAAGCGCAUUUUUAGGUUGCCAUACCCUUAUAACAACGAAUUCAUCAGGCACAACAAACCCAGACGUAAAUAUAGGCGAUAUUAUGCUAAUUACAGACUUUAUAAAUAAUUCAGGCACAAAUCCUCUCGACACUCGCCUCCAUUGGACUUUUACAGAUCUGCAUAGAAAUUUGAAUAUAAAUAAAGAAUUCAGUCGAUGGGUUUUGGAAAUGGCAAAGAAAGCUGAGAUAAAAUGUGUAGAAGGAGUUUAUUGCUGAGUUAAAGGGCCGAAUUUUGAAAUGCCAUUUGGGAUUGAGUGCUUUAGCAAGCUAGGGGCAGAUAUUUUUGGAAUGAGCGCAGUACCUGAAAUCAUCGCAGGCUUAGUGCAUGGCAUGAGGGUGAUCCCAAUAGCAAUUAUUACUAAUAAAAAUGAGGUUUUACCAGAGGAUUCUGCCAUGGAUGGAAUAUCGAUGGCUUUAGGGGAAAUUCGAGAUUUCUUUAAAUUCAUUAUAAAAGAGCUACCAAAAUUUGAAGGAAAUAUAAAUCUUGAAUGAAUAAAUGACAUAGAGCCUGUGCUCUUUCGGAAACCAAAAGAAGUUGCGGGCAAAGAGCAUAUAUUAGAAAGUAUUAAGUGGGUAAGAGGAUUGAUUGAUGAAGAAAAUAGUCCAAAAAUUGCUGUGGUUAUAAAUGGCAAACACCUUCCAUCUUUUAAAUCUUUUAAAUUUGUGUUUUACAAUGAAUUGCCUAACUUCCCACAGACUUCACUUGCUUCAAGAUAUGGCAAAUUCAUAAUUGGGGAAUUGGGGAAUAAGCAUAUUUUUUGCUUGCUUAAUUGUGAUUUUGAAGGUCUCGAAAUCUAUGAGUCUUAUUUUAUUGUGCAGCUGCUGAUUGGGCUUGACGUGAAUUUUCUUCACUAUAUAAUCCCAGUUGUAAAUGAAGGUCAUAAUCUGACUGGUAUUAAAGAUUAUUUUUGUAUGAAACUACAAAAUGCAACGGUAACCCCAGUUAUUGAUGCAGUAAAUAUAACUGGGAUAGGAGAUCAGCUUCUUUUAGCAUUUCCAGGUCCUACUUUGCCGACUGAAGCUGAAAAGAAUUUAGCUCAGCUGCUUGGAUCUAGCUUAGUUACUAUAUCAAAUAUGUCUAUUUUAAAUGAAGCAAGCAAUAGAGGCCUCCCUCAUUCAGCAAGCUGCUAUUCGACUGACUUCUCAGCUGGGACAUUUAAUUCCAAUAAUUUAUCACAACUUAUUGAUUCUAUCACUGAUUCUAGCAUGCAAAUUCCUUUAAAGUUUCCAAUUGCUUCAUUACUGACAGAUACAAAUUUAAUAGAGCCACCUCUUACUCAAAAUGAUAUAGAAACCCUUGCAUCUGACAUUAAAAUAGGUCUUUAUCCUCAUUUAACUGUUAUUGUUACUGAAGAAAUCGGGAAUUUGUUGCUCCGCCAUUUCUGCGUCAUCCAAAUUUUCUGUUCUACCAACCGAAAAUCCGCUUUUGGCCCAUUUUGAUUAUGAGGUUUGGCUUCACCUAGGGAAUUUAUCCCGGCGAUGAUGGAGUAUUAUGCCUGAGAGUGCGUAACAUCAGCACCCAUCCAAAACUAUUGGAAAAAUUUUGGGUAAAAAGUCAUCAUCAUCCGUGAAACAAAAAAAUAUUUAAUAUAAAAUUUUUUUGAUUAAAAAUAUAAAGAUAGCUAAUAUAAUGAAAUAAUAGCUGAUUCGGUUUAAUUUAAGGAGCUUGCAUUUUAAAACAUAAAUUUUACGAAUUUGGGAAUUUUUUAAUUUCAAAAAAAUACUAUAAAAUUUAUAUACUCUGAGCCACUUUAUAGCUUGGGCUAUUAAAAUUUUUUUUACCCAACAAAUUUUUAUAUUCAGUGAAUUCGGAAUUCAAAUUUUUCUAGAAUUAUCCACCAAACUCAGGCACGGAUACUGGGACCUUUUGCGUGCCCGAUGGAUGCAAGUUGCUCGUCUAAGAGCUGGAAGUACAACAUCGAAUUCGAACACCUGAGGCCGAGGGAUCAUCAGAUCAAAACCAGAUGAUGUAUGAUGCAAGGCUAAGGGUUUCCCAACGAAGGAGCGGAACCCGUAGAGGUGAAGUGACAGUAGACAUUAAGCGAUUCAUGAUAUGAAUAAUUGAGUUAAGUUAAAGUGCUCCGCCAUUUCAAAAUAAGAACAUCAUACUCUUUUCGUUCAACCAUCACCCAAACUCUUCAUUUCACCAUUGACGGAAUUAUGAUAAUCAAAGGCUCGCCUCUUUUAAAAGAUCAAGACAAUUUUUUCCAGUCCUUUUCUCCAGUUUUCCUUUCAAAUCAAAUAGGUAUUGAAAGCUUGAUUAUUAUUGAAGAAGUUUCUACAUGCACACCAGAAAUUUCACUAGGCACUAUUGUAAAAAUAACUGACCAAUGCGGGCUAUCUUGCUUUAAUCCCUUAAUAGGUCCUAAUAUAGCGACUUGAGGGGAGAGGUUUCCAUAUAUUUCAGAUGCUUUUGAUAGCAAAAUACAAUGAAAAAAGGUUUUCGAAGAGCAUAGGAUCAAAACUUGUGAGGCAAAAUUGCUAUUUACAAGCAAGGAACGUGGAAUGACUGGAUUUUCAUUCGCAAAAAUUGCAAGGACUUUAGGAGCUGGAGUAGUCGGAAACUCAGGGCCAUAUUCAGUCAUAAUUUCUCAGCAUAAGUUAGCACAUCAACCCAAGCGAAAACUGUUGUAUUUAGGCUAUGUCAAUCACGACCCUAUAGAAAAUAUCACAAUAAACGCUCCUCCUGUAGAGUACCAGCUUGCAAUGAAACAAAUAAUUUUAAAAGAACUAAAAACCUUAAUUUAA